AUGUCUAUCUCCCGCGAAUCUCAGUACAGUCGACGACGGUCGAAUACUGUACAAUCCGUUUUUAAGCUUGCGUCUACACCGCUUAAACAUGGAGAAUCCACGGUGAUGACGGCCUGGGUACAUGAUCCCAAAGACUCGCCACAUGUCCUGUUGAAUCACGGUGCCUGGCCUGGUGUUUCCGAAGGCGAUCUCCUGCAACUGAGUCAAGGCGAGACCGAUGAACAACCUGGAUUUCUGUUUGUCGUCCCUAAAGAGGAGACGGGAAAUAAACCUCAAUUGCAGGUGUCCUUGGCGCGUUCUGCUGCAGAAGCGUUCUCAAUCCGCAACAAUACCGAAGUAACGGUGACGAAGGUUGACAAGGAAAAGCAUGAGGCCGAUUACAUAGAGUUUGUAUUCCAAGAUCAAUAUCUGGGCAGGAACGAGAUGUGGCGGCUUGGAGAACAGCUCGCGGGGCAGUGCCUGCAUGUCGGUCAGGAGGUAUCCUUCAUUGGUGCUAUUGUCGCUCGCGUCGAUGCCAUAUACAUUCGAGGCGGAAAUGUACCCAGCGGACUGGUUACAACUGCGACGAAGAGCGUCUUCAGAACGCUAUCGGCGAAAGUGACGCUCUUCAUACAAGUAUGCCGCGAGCUCUGGGAGUUCUCGAACGACGGGGAGCGCUAUAAUGAGAAGAUUGUUCACUCAUUCCUCCCAGAACUCUUCUCGAGGUGGAAACAGGCCGGCACAAACCAUACAGUCACCAUCGUUCUCAUAUCGCGCGUGUUCUACGACAGGUCAGAGGUCGACUUCGCCGAGGGUCCGCUCCGAAAGUUAGAGGAUGGCCGAUGGUACAAGGACUUUUUCAAGGUUAUCACGGACCUCGAGGUUGUAUACGAUUGGCAGCCAACACUGGUGUCGUUGAAGGACUCGUUUUGGGCGUUUCAAAGGGACAUCUUAUUGACUCACCACUAUCACCGCUCUUGGCAAACGACGUCUACGACCUCCAUUCUUCCGGAGGAGGCACGUCUUGUCGGACAAUUAGCGCACGCUCACGACGGCCCAAUCCUUGAGGCUCUGAAUAUGGCUUUGAACCCCACGGAGAAGCAUUACAUAGACCGAAGCCUGUCUCUCACGGGCGUCUCCAUGAUCUUGAUCACCCCUGGCACUGGAUGGUAUCGUGUAUCGAAGCAGCUCGUUCGACUCACUACGACUCGCAUGCUGGACCAAGGUCUAACUCUGGAGCUAGUGAGCCUUGCGAAGCCGCCUCUGCACCGAACUCCCAUAUUCUCGUUCCGAGGUGUCGAGCCGGAACUUCUUGGCGGAGAUAAGAUCGGCCGCUAUGGUGCUCGGGCGCUUGAUCCACUCUGGGGAGGAGAUGACACACCUGGCGAAAGUCAGAACCACACGAAGUCAGAGUUCUGGUACGAACCCUUUUGGAUUUGUAUGAACUUUUGGGAUCAGCAGAUGGACAUGCCGAUGCGAGAAGACCGUUUUGUUGCACGGGCGAAGAUGCACAUGAUACAAAUGCUCGGUCUGCUUGAUUACGAUGUGCUCUCCAGCAUCGAGGUUCCCUUCCUGCCUGAAACGUACUCUUCCCUCCUGAGUCCUAUGAUGGAGAGAGACGAGUCCAUGGCUUUGUCUUCUGCGAAGGACGAAGCGGACAAAUUCGACAACGACGUCUUCGCCUUCAACACCGACGCACGAGAAGCCAAGUUGAGCAUUGCGAGUCGUGCCUCGAGUACUGUCUCCAGCGGAACAGGGUCCCUUGCGUCUUCACUUCGAGAUAAGCGUGGCUCGCAAAUUGGCCAUCGCCUUUCCACUUCGACGUCCACGUCUAAGAUCACACCCAUAGCAGAAAGUCCUUUGAUCACUGGACAAGACAUAGAUGCAGAGCCUGUCCAGAGUCAUGACCGUCUUCCCGUUACCCAAGGGCCUCAUACCAACGAAUCUACUUCUGGCCUGAGCACCUCCCCGUCAGGCGCAUCAAUCGUCUCUGCGCGAUCAUCCGCAUCCAAGAAGAGUAUGGAACGUAGACGGCAAGGGGCUUCGACCUCCGCUGCCGCCCUUCUAUCGACCAAGUUCACGCCCUCGUGGCUGUUCAACCCCUUUAGAAGCGCACCCAGUCAGCCGGAAACGACAAACAUAUCCGCUGCAGGCGAGUCGACGCCAUCACCUUCAUCGCCUCUACGGAAUGCGAUGCAUGAGCUUGCGCCCCAUUCUCCCGCACGAACUCCAUCGACAAUAGAACGUUCGCGAUCUCCACAACCCGUUCCCAUUCGGAAGGCUCCUCAACAGCGACAACGGGUCUUUGAGGAGACAGUCGUGACCCAUCGUGGCUCUAUAACAAAGCACACCAUCUCCCCUGUCAGCUCUUCACCACGCGACGAUUUGAUCGAGAAACGCCGAAGCGCCACGGGCGGCAGUGGCACCUACGCGGCUGGCCCUUAUAGUCUCUCAUCAUCCCCCUCCAUUCGUCCAAAUCCUUCCAGCCCGCAAGUCACUAUAUCCUACAACCAGGCAUCGCUCGCUCGUCGUUGGCAGCACAUGUUUCCUCGUCCCGUCUACAUGUACGAAACUAACUGGCGCUCCCUCGUCACCCCGUAUUGCUUGCCACUCACGACGGAACAUUUCCCCUCGGCCUCCGAGCUUGAGACGUCCUACGACGUCUUUUCAUACGAUUUGGUAGCAGAUCCGCCGGAGACUCACUCCUUUCUCGUGCGACCACCCACGAUCAACACCUCGAACCCGGACGAUGUUCGCCGAGCCUGGGCUCUUGUUGUGAUGAGGGGUAUGGUCGCCAUCCGUCUUGCACAGGGCUUUCAAUUCGUGCUGAGAUCAUCGGAGAUGAAGGCGGACGGGGAGCGAGAGAACCCUAAACUCUUGCGCGGGUCAAUAUUCGUCGCGGACGACGAUCUGACGCCCAAACUGCGGGGCGCAGCAGAAGCUCUGCAGGUUAUUGAUCCUGUCUACCUGAGUAUGAGCAAUGAGAUUCACCGGAUCUCUUACACCGGAGAGACGGUGCAAGUACGACGAUAUGUGAGACGCGUGCCGACCAUGCCGCCGUUCGAUUACAAGUGUCUUCUCUGGCCCAAACUGGGUGUCGGCUAUACGGAGCUCAGCACACCUUUCGCAUCUCAUGGCUUGGAGAACUAUGGAUGGAACAGGUUAGAUAUGCUGGUGGCAGGGUACGAGCAGCAAUUCAACGAGUCCUUGCGCUACUGGCGUACACGUUUCAUCGUCAUCCCCACCGCAGAGUCCACACAUCAGACUAUAGCCAACGACAAGCUCAAUGAGGAAGAGAGUCGCAUACUUGGUAUCGAAAAAUUGGGCGAACUCUUCUCACGCGUCCGCUGGCAGCCUGCGGAAGAGCGCGCACUGGGUCCUCCCCCACCUGUUCGUUUCCUACCUACCUAUCUGAGUCCGAGCGCCAUGCUCUCUGAUGAGCGCCUGCUAGAGCAGUUGGACGAUAUUCAUGCUGCUGGCCCUUUGCGGAAGAAGAUGAAGAGUGAGCGGGACUUUGGCGAGCUUAGCUCCAGCCUGCCCGCGGUGGCUCGAGCUAUGCGGGAGGAAAACGGGGUUCCUGUCAAGGAGCAUCGCUGGCAUAGAGCAAAGUACCCAGAAUCUUUCAUCGGACAUGAAUUUGUUACGUGGCUCGUACGGGAGUUCCGAGACGUAUCAACGCGCGACCAGGGCACAGAAUGGGGCAUGAGAUUGAUGGAACGAGGGCUUUUCGAGCACUGUACUGGCCGCCACGGCUUUCUCGACGGGCACUACUUCUAUCAGUUCAAGGGCGAGUUUGCCGUCGUAUCGACACCUCGCGUUGGCUGGUUCUUGUCGCGAGCUUCGAGUUCAACUCCUCACAACGAUGACCUCCACGACGUCGCUACGAAUGCCUCCCGCACCACACGAAGGCCAAAGCGAUUGAUACUCAGUCAGAGUAUGGUGAUAGACAUCGAUCCAAAUAAGAAGAGUGAUCAGAACGAGUCCGCCAUUCUCCAUCAUGACAUAAUCCAUAACCCCUCCACUGUCUUUCACUUUGAGUUGCAAUGGGUCGGGACGACGGCGCGUUGCAUCGAGGACCUUUUGAAGACGUGGACGCGUUCCAUCGAAAGAUACGGACUGACGUUAGUCGAGGCUUAUGUCAACCAGAUCGCAGACAUCGCGGACAGCAACCCGUUCCAGUCGUGUUUCCCCAUUCCCCUCGUCAUGCCGCCACCCACCAUCCCUCACUUAGUGCAGCGGAUACCGGAAGGCACAUCACCGAACUUCUACUUCGAAUACGCUCUUCUCAAGCGGUUCAACUUCGUGGUCGACGUCGAGCCGCCCGGCUUCCAUCCGUCUGCGGUGGAGAUUGAGCCUGUGUACUCCUACCGACGCGCGCCCUUCACCCACCCGCAAUUUGUACACAGAAGCGGAGUUGCAUUCGUGCAGAUCAUCGGAGGGGAGAAGGGCUUCGUCUUCCUCAUCAAUCGCCUUGUAGGCUCAGGACGUGUCCGAGAAGGGUUGGGAGGCGCGUCAUCGGCCGUAGGAGGCACCGGGACAAAGGGCUCUCGAUUGGCAGCUAUGGCUGAGGACCUUCGCAAGCAACUGCAUGCCUUUUGUUCGGAUCCAGCCGCCCUGUCAGAGUUCUACGAAAAGGAGGUCUCGAUGCUCGCCCUCCCGCCUGGCCCAAGUACACAAGAACCACCACUCUUCGAUCUAUCAUCGCCAUAG